CCACCGCGUUUUUCUAAGUGUUCCCUGAAUGCAUCAUUUCUGCCCGGCAAUAUCACGUGUCUGAUUGUUUUCGUCUUCUUCCGGGUUUCAUUCAAGCAAAUCCCUGCAGGAUUAAUCAGUCGGCUGACAAAUUUUAAAGACGUUACGUACGAAAGUUUAAUUCGCAAGGUCGAGCUCUUAUAAGGUAUUCUAUCGGGCAGACACGACGUUGCGUGUAUAAACUAUUUAUAUAUUGACGAUAUAGUUUCAAUUGGGAAGAAUGGCGGCAGUGGACAGCUUCCACAUGCUGUACGGGGAAAUUUCCCGGUCGUGCGGCGUUUACUUGGAAACGCUGGCCGUGGUGGGUGCUCUGUACACGGCCAGCAGGGCUGUCGUCCUGCUCCGGGACUGCUGCGUGCUGGUCAGGGUGCACUUUCUGCCCAGGAUGAACCCCAGCAUGAACCUGAGGCAAAGAUAUGGAGACUGGGCUGUCGUUUAUGGUGGAUCGGAGCCCGUGGCGCAGGCGUACACCGAGGAGCUGGCCCGGAGAGGCCUCAGCAUCGUCUUCGUCACGCAGGACCGGCCCACCGUCGGCGAGUUAGCCGCAAAGCUGUACCAGAAGUACAGCGUGGAGACCGUCGUGGUCCACGCCGCCCAGGGCUGGGACGAGGCGGCCGGCGAGCCCGUCAAGGAAGCCCUGACGGGCAAAGACGUGGGUCUGCUGGUCAACUGCGUGGACGAGGCCUGCGCGGAGCGCCGCCAGCUCGUGGAGAUGUCCGAGCGCAGGCUGAUGGAAGUGACGGCCAAUAACGUCGCCGGCGUCGCGCUGCUGACCCGCUUGGUGCUGCCCGGCAUGCUGAAGAGGGGCCGAGGGGCCGUGGUCAACAUCUCGUCCGGCGCCUGCUGCCGCCCGCCGCCCGGGAGGGUGACGCUCACCGCCGUAACCGGGUACUUGGAUCAUUUCUCCAGAGCCCUCCACCUCGAGUACGGCGCCAGAGGGAUCUUUGCUCAAAGUCUGCUUCCCUUCCAGAUUGGCUCCGAUAAACGUCGUCCGGCGUCCAUUUUGGGAGGCUGGUUGGCGCCCGCGCCGCACGUGUACGCCCGCCACGCCAUCAGCACCUUGGGCGUGUCCAACCGGACCACCGGCUAUUGGCCGCACACUCUGCAGUUUGGACUGAUGAGGUGCAUCCCCGAGUGGAUUUGGGUUUUGGGCUGGCGAGUGUUCGUCGGUUAAAAGCGGCUGGCCUUCGUCCCGAGUGUUCCUUGGAGAAUGUUGUUUGUCGUCCGGACAACAACUGAAGUUGUGUUCUUGUUGGUGUACAGUGAGUCAUACGGGGGGGGCGGGCAAAGUAUAAACGUGAGUAAGCGAAGUGGCCAAACAUUCCCCAACUUUUCGAGUGCUGCGUCGCCACGAAAAUUGUGCACACGGAGAAGCAGUUUCAUCGCCAAAAAAAAAAAAAAACGAGGGUGUUACCCCUAUAAACGCCACACAUUCCUUCUACUGCUAGCUAGCUUGAUGUUUGUCGACAAAAUGCAAUUUUGAUUGUGUGCAAUUCUGCAAAGUUUUUACCCUGAAACAAAUGUUUUUAUUUUCGUUGUUACAAUAAGUGUACAUUUUGUCGUCGAUGUUUGAUCACACACACGAAAAGCGUCAAUAAACCUUGGAAAUAUUGUUUUGGAUUGUAAAUAUACUAAUUUAUGACUAAAAUGAACAAUUUUCCAUGCAAAUUUGGACUCCUUAUUUGCUAAGAAUCCAGCGUGUCCAUUUUCAAAACGAAACGUGGCCCCUGAGCGCAAAGGUUCAGUUUGUUGCAGUGUGACGCGUCGUACUUUUUAAAAGGUGUUGUUUGGCUCCUGGUUGGGUUUCCUGGGAAUCAUUUACACUCGUUCGUACGUGGUGGCCGUGCCAUGGUUUGGAUUUCUCCACCUUUCACCUCCACUGGGCUGUCUGUUGUCACUUUGGUUGUUUGGAGGGGAAAUAAAACACUGAAAAAGAA